AUGAGUGAGCAAUGGGUCGCAGCACUAAUCAAACAAAAGGGAGAUAAUAAGUGCAUUCCUUGGAGGAACCUGAAAGAUUUAAUUCUAGCACACCCAGAUACGAGGAAGAGGGUUGAUGUCUUCGCCUUGGGUAUUUACGGUUUAGUUGUCUUUCCUAAAGCUUUGGGACAUAUUGAUGAAGUAGUCACUGACCUUUUUGACCGUCUUGACAAGGGGGUUACACCGGUUCCAGCAAUUCUGGCAGAAACCUUCAAAUCUCUGAAUGAAUGUCGAAGAGUAGGUGAGGGUAGAUUCAUUGGAUGCACGCAGCUCCUUUUAGCAUGGUUUCACAGUCACUUUUGGAAGGUGGAUAAGGUUUCCUAUCGGGUUUUUUCUGAAAAUUAUUCGCCCUUAAAGGAAAUAGUGGCAUUACUGAGGCAGGAUGAUAUCUCAGAGGAAAAAUGGAUGGCAACUCUUCAAAAUCUUCAAAAGGGAGAUAUUGAAUGGAGAGCUCAUCGGAUAUUGUCAGAUGAGAUCUUAUAUAGGUGUGGAGAUUUUGACUGGGUCCCUUUACUUGGGAUUUGGAGGGCUAUUGGCUAUGCACCGUUAUUGGUACUGAGACAGUAUAGGUCAAGGCAGUUCGUACCAACAACCCAUGGAUUAGCUCAGUGUGAAUUCUCUUAUAAGUGUGAUGGUUACAUGAAAAAGAUACGAGAAAUGACUAAUGCUUGGAAGCAGACUCGCCGAUUGAAAAGGUUGGCAGUAGGUCCAUCAACGACGCCUGAAUAUAUCGAGUGGCUAAAUAGAAUGAUCAAUGAUAACAUACCUGUACCAGGUCAAGGAGACAGUCAAUUUGUAGAAAAGCAUGUACAUAUGGUCCCUUCUGAGCUAGAAAUUAUAAAGCAAGAUUUUGAAAGAAGAAAUUCUGAGCUUGAGAAGAAGAUAGAGUAA